AUGGCCGACCCAACAACCGACGCCGGAACGGCCGGCUCGCUCCCACGCCCCCCGCUACACACCGUCUUGCCUCCACUUGUCUUUGGCACAGCAACCUUCAACACUCAAUACGUAGCCGACCCGCAUUCUAUGCCCUAUCGUGACAUCGUCGCCCGUGCCCUCGCCCUCGGUGUCAACGCGUUCGACACCAGCCCCUACUACGGCCCAUCCGAAAUCCUCCUGGGUACCGCCCUUGACGCCCUCGUCCGCCCACCCCCCCCCGCCGUGCCUAUCCCACGUUCGAGCUUUUUCCUCGUUACCAAGGCCGGCCGUAUUGGUAUCACGGAGUUUGACUAUUCGCCCGCGUGGGUGCGGUAUUCCGUCCUGCGCAGCCUGCGCCGUCUGCACACAUCAUACUUAGACUUGGUCUAUCUGCACGAUGUCGAGUUUGUGACGCCCACUGAGGUGGUCGCCGCAGUGCGCGAGCUGCGCCGGCUCAGAGACGAGGAGGAUGGGAUUGUGCGCUAUGUUGGAAUCAGCGGGUUCCCCGUGGACGUGCUUUGUCAGUUGGCCGAGUUGGUGCUGGCCGAGACGGGGGAACCGGUGGAUGCGGUGAUGAGUUAUGGUCAUUUCACUGUGCAGAACCGGGUUCUCGGGCUACCGUGGGCCGAGGCCGCUCCCGGGAGUGACGAGACACUCCAGAGGGCGGAUUCCGCCGGUACCGACACCACAGCUGCGCCCUUAGCGCGCUUCAAAGCGGCUGGCGUAGACGUUGUGCUCAACGCCAGCAUGCUCGGCAUGGGUCUGCUCACCAGCGAGGGCAUCCCCACCGACGAUGAACCCACACCUUCCAACUCCGGGCCCGACAGCCGACCCAGUUCACCGCUCUCGUCCUGGCACCCGUCACCGCCCGAGCUGCGCGUGACCUGCCGCCGUCUCGCCGACAUCGCCGCGACCGCCGGCGAGCGUCUCGAGUCCGUUUCCAUGCGUUGGUCCAUGGCCGAGUGGGCGCGAAUUGCGGCCGCUGCGGGCUUGGGCGUAGACUACGUGACGCCCGGUGCGGGGCCCGGGAGGCUGGGCGUGACGGUGUGCGGGGUGAAAACGAUUGGCGAGCUGGAGGAUACUGUGGCCGAGUGGCGUGGGGUACUGGCUACAUUAGGUCAGCAGUUGGCUGGCGGCCAAGUUAGUGUGGCGGAAGAGAAGGAGGAGCCGUAUGGCGCGGCGCGUCAGGAAAAGAUAUUGAAUCUGGUGCGCAAUGAGUUGUGGCCUGAGCUGCGAUCCUGGCUGGAUUAUGCCUGGGACAGCCCAGGGCCUGGGUUUGUGAAUACUAAGGCAGAGGAGGAUCGUGGGGUUGUCCCCGACGAUGGAAUCAUCGCCGAGUAUGAGUUGGCGAAGAACAGCAUACGAGCAGAUCGGCCUGCUAGGUAA